AUGUGGAGGAGGAGAGCACAGCAAGCCACCAACGAUCCUCCCCCCUCCCCUACCCCCUUCCCUCCCCUCUUCUUCGUACCCCAUCAGAUAAUCGACCGCUCAUUCGGGUUUGACACGGCGGUGGAGGAGGCACAGAGGGCCAUCAACGCUCCCCCCUUACCCCUGCUUCUUAUUCACCCGUCCCCUCUAUCCCAUCAGAUUAUCGAUCGCUCAUUUGGGUUUGACACAGCAGUGGAGGAGGCGCAGCGGGCCAUCAACGCGGCACACGUGGAGGCGGAGAGCACUCGCAACGGCGUGGGGCUGGUGAAGGUCAUGGGGCGCUACUGCGGGCAGAUCGCCAUGCACGCCACACUUGCGAGCAGGGAUGUGGACUGCUGCCUGAUCCCAGAAGUGCCAUUCCACCUGGAAGGCCCGGGCGGGCUGUUUGACUUCAUGGAGCGGCGGCUGUACGAGAACGAGCACUGCGUGUUGGUCGUGGCGGAGGGCGCGGGGCAGGAGAACAUGGCGCGGCACUACAGCGCGAGCGAUGAUGACGUUGCUGGUGCUGGGGUGCUGGGCCGCGACGCGUCGGGGAAUGCGAAGCUGAUGGACGUGGGGCUGUGGCUGUCGGGGCAGAUCAAGAGCCACUUUGCAAGGCAGCGCAAGGAGAUUCAGCUUAAAUACAUCGACCCAACAUACAUGAUCCGAGCCAUCCCCGCGAAUGCGAGUGACAACAUCUACUGCACGCUGCUGGCGCACGGGGCAGUGCACGGAGUCAUGGCGGGCUACACGGGAUUCAUUGUCGGACCCGUUAACAACCGCCACUGCUACAUCCCCGUCAAUAAGGUGACACAGAAGCCCAACAGCAUCUCCCUCACUGACCGCAUGUGGGCCCGCCUCCUCGCCUCCACCUCACAGCCCUCCUUCCUCCGUAUCGACCCCACCGCCACCACGGCUACCACCACCACCGCCACCACAGCCUCUUCUGCUAGUGCUGACGGUGCUGCUGCUGGGCUUUCCCAGACGGCAGCAGGAGGGGGUUUGAUUGAGGGGGAGUAUGGGGAGAAUGUCCUGGGGGAUGUGGGGUUGGCUGCGAAUUAUGCUCGGGACGAGGAGGAUGAUGGUGCAGGGGUGGUGAGGAGUGUGCUGGAGGAGCUGGGGGAGGACAUGGGGAUGGAUGAGCUGGAGGCAGUGAAUGGAUUGAAGGGGUAUGCGGCUUCACAUGCGGCUGCGUUUGAAACGGAUGAUGAGGUGGCAAAGGACGCUGGGGAUGGAGUGGAGGAGGGUUUACAGAAAUGA